ACCACCCGGUAAUUGCAAACAUCGCAAGUCCACGGCCCGCCCCCAAUCGGCCAAUCCUCACCCCGCAUCUUAAGGUUCCUGUCGCCUCAGCGGCUGCCUCCAGUCCUCCGCCCUCCCGCUCCAGCGGGGCUCGCCAUUGAUGGAGUACGAGCGCAUCCACGGGCCGCUCCCGCGCCAUCAGCUUUCCGUCGCUGGCGGUUGUAAGGAUGGGUCUCGAUUGGGAUGGGUCGAGCGUUCCAGUGCACAUUUGACUAAAGGCUGAUCCGGGGGAUUCUCUCCAGCUAAGCUGCGAGCAAUGCUUCGCGGGAUAGAGAAACGCCAGCGCAACAACGGCGAGGACUCGUCUCCGGAGGCCAACGACUCCGGCGAGCUCGACGACCGGAGGAGCUUGGAAUGCUCCACCUCCACCGAGAUGUCGAGCAACAGCGGCCACAGGUCAAGAAACCGUGCCCCGGACGACGACAGCUUCGACUCGGAGAGCAGCUCGUCGGGGCCGCCGACGGUGAAGAGGUCGGCCGCGGUGGCCGCGUUGCUGCCGCCCUUCUCUCGGCCAACGCCGUCCAAGUGGGACGACGCCGAGAAGUGGAUCUCCAGCCCGACGUCAAACCGUACUGGCCGUACGGGGCCUACCGCUGGAGCUGUGCCGAAGAAGUCUGCAUUGGCCUUCCCUGACUAUGGAGGCCGCCCGCCAGCCGUUGCUAAGGUGGUAGCGGAUGUGCCUACCAACGCUGGACCAGAUGGUCUCGCCCAUCCUGAUUUACUUAAGCCUGGACACAAUGCUUCAGUAGUUGUUGACGGAACAGCACCUGCAGUUAGGUCUGUCUGUAUGAGAGACAUGGGAACAGAAAUGACUCCAAUUGCGAGCCAAGAGCCUUCUCGGACCGCGACUCCUAUAAUCGCAUCUAGUCCAACCUCCUCUCGGACACCAACCCCGCAACGCACCGCAGAAUUCAGUGUGAGUAAUAUAGAUCCUAAAAAGAUCGAGAUGCCUGAAGAGGAGGAGGUACAGAUGAGUACGAGACAGGAAAUUAUGGAUCUUGGUGAAAGGUUAGGGAAGACCACUAUAGCCGCAUGGGCAAGCAAGGAAGAGAAAUCUGCCGCACGUUUCACGGAUACCACAGCCUACAAGGCUGCCGAUAUCGGUAGGGAGAAUCGAGCCGCAGAUUGGCAGGAGACGGAGAAGGCGAAGUAUCUUGCAAGGUUUCAGAGGGAGGAAGCAAAGAUCCAAGCUUGGGAAAAUCUGCAGAAAGCGAAAAUUGAAGCUGAGAUGAAAGGGAUAGAGGCCAAGAUAGAGCGGAAACGGGCGCGCGAGCAGGACAGGCUCGCCAGCAAGCUGGCAGCCGUAAGCCACCGAGCGGAGGCGAAGAGGGAGACCGCGGAGGCGAGGCGGAACCAGGAAGCCGCGAGGACGGAGGAGCAGGCGGCCCGGAUCCGAUACACCGGGCAUACGCCUUCGUCCUUCUCCUGCUGGUGCUGGUGCCCGUGACACCCAGCAUGGACAGUGGUAGAAAAAUUCCAACGGUUCUAUCUUUCCCCAUGCAUGAACAUGGAGAAGGAAACCUUCCCGUUAUCGCGUCGUCGUCACUCACGCGGUUGCAUGGAGUGGACUGGGGUAGUAGGGUGGCGCCACCUGUCCUCGUCCACCUUCCACCCCUCUCGCCCGGGGCUAUAAAUGGUUACGAGAUCCGGAUAGCGCGAACCCACUUGGAUCCAAACCCUGACGACGGACGGCUCCCCCCUCGCCCCCACGACAAAUUCCUCCCGUUCCGUUCUUCGUCGCAGAUACACCGGCCGGCAGCAACCACCCUAUGGAGUCGUCGGCGGCGAUGACGAUGGACCACCACCGCGCGGCGCCGUCGCUGUCGACGGAAGAGAAACGGCGGAUCGAGCGGGUGGCCCGGUGCGUGGCGCGGGACCGGGACGGCGGGGACCUCACGGAGAAGCUGCUGCUGCGGCUGCUCGGCCUCACGCGCAACGCCCGCCGCUGGGGCUUCCUCGCGCCGGACCACCCGCUCCACCCCUACUACCUCCAGCACAAGGUCUCCGAGCGCUGCCGGAUCCUCCGCCCGCGCCACGCCGCCGCCGACCGGCGGUGAUCCCAUGCAUAUGCAUGCGGACGUGCAGCGGAUCGACCAUUGAUAGGACUCGAUCGGCCAUUAAAAAAAAACUAUGCGCGCACCACCUGGUCUCCUUCUCUUUUAUGACAUGAGUAAUUGGUAAUCCAACAAUCAUGCAACGGAUUCGGAAAUACAUUGAUGUGCCUAAUUGCAGCGUCAAUUAUAUGAUAGCAGUUGGCCAUUGAUAUUUUUCA